AUGCUCGAGCCCUGCGUCGUGCACCUGAUACGACAGCUUCUUCUGGCGCUCCAGCACCUCUGCGAGCGCGGCGUGGAGCACCGCGACGUGAAGCCCGAGAACCUGCUGUUGUACAGUAACUCUCAGGACCUGGGGAUCGACCUCAACGCGGGGCGGAUGCGGGCGCCGCCACACCUCAAGCUCGCGGACUUCGGCUGGGCCAACCUGCCCGAGGUGGCUGAGGGCAUCCCCCCAGAGGCCGCGGUCUCGGGGGUGGGCUCCCUGUGGUACGCCGCGCCCGAGAUGAACCCGAGUCCCGAGGGCACGGGGCCCGCCGCCCCGCGGGGCGACGCGCCCCUGGGCGCCUGCGACAUGUGGAGCGUGGGCGUCAUCGCCUACCUCCUCCUCCUCGGCCACUCGCCGUUCAACACGGCGCUGCGGGAGCCGGACCAGGAGGCGCAGGACGCCAAGGUCAUCAGACUCGCGGCUGAGGGGACCAUCAACACGGAAUCGCGUGUGUGGUCUUGUCUGCCAGAAGAGGAUCGCGAGACUUCAUCCUCAAGCUGA